AUGGGUGUCAUUAAUCUGACUCGCGGUCGUAACGACCGUGCUGUUGUCGAGGAUCUGCGUCCAACACUGGAGACUGAGGUGAAAAAUGAGGUCAAUGUGGAGCAGAAUAGGGUAGGAAGUGAUCUCGAUAACCUGGAUCGCUCGGAAAAGGAGAUCCAGGAACAUCCUGACCAGGUCAGUGCCAAUGCUGCCUCUGGUGUGCGCAAGGCCGAGGCUGUGGCCCUGGUCUGGAGCAAGAAGGCUGUCUACGCGACAUACGCCUGGAUUUGGGUUUGUUUCUUUAUGCUGGCCUUGCAUUCCUCAAUUGGUACCAACGUCCUCUACUAUGCCUACUCCAACUUCCAGGACGCUUCCCAAGUAAGCACAGCCUCAAUUUUGGCAAGCAUCGUUGGUGGAGUCCUCAAGCUUCCCAUUGGAAAGAUUUUGACCUUAUGGGGACGGGCUGAAGGCCUCGUGAUUUUCACGGCCGUCUAUAUCCUGGGUAUCAUCAUCCUUGCUGGGUGCGAUGGGCCUAACAGCUAUGCUGCUGGCUAUGUCCUCUAUUGGGUUGGAUAUGAUGCAAUCUACAUCAUUCUAGAUAUCUUUAUCGCUGAUACUUCGGGUAUGCGCAACCGGGCUUUUGCUUUUGCAUUUGCCUCGACUCCGUUCAUUUGCACGUCCUUCACUGGACCCUUGGCUGCCGCCAAUUUUCUCAAAACCUCGGGAUGGCGCUGGGCCUACGGCUCCUUCGCCAUUAUCAUGCCUUUCGUUCUCUUGCCCCUGGCUGCCGUUUUCAAAUAUUACGAGAAAAAGGCUCGGAGUAUGGAUGUUUUGCAGCGCCGGGUCAGUGGCCGUACCACUAUGCAGUCUAUCGUUCACUACCUGCAUGAAUUUGACAGUAAGUCUAUCUACUCUCUUCUGCUAAGAUCGAUGGAUUUAACUAAUUCUUUAGUAAUUGGUGCCCUUAUUUUGAUGGCGGCUUUCAUUUUGUUCUUGCUUCCAUUCAGCCUGAACACAAAUGGUCGCGCUCAAUAUGGUGAAGCUGCCUUCAUUGCUCCAUUGGUCGUUGGCUUCGUGCUUUUCUUUGUUUUCGCUGCUUGGGAGAAGUGGUUCGCUCGCACCCAUUUCAUCCCCUACAAGCUUCUCCGAGACCGCACCAUCUUCGGUGCUUGCGCCCUCUCGGCCAUCCUCUACUUCAGCUUCUAUUCGUGGGAUCUAUACUACUAUUACUUUGUGAUGGUGGUAUACAACCUCGAUGUGACUAAGACCGGUUAUAUGACCGCUAUCUAUACCGUCGGUUCAUGCUUCUGGUCUCCCAUUUUCGGAAUCUGGAUCCGCUAUGUGAAGGAAUUCAAGCACACGUGUCUUUUCUUCGGACUUCCUUUGAUGGCGCUGGGUGCGGGACUGAUGAUUCACUUCCGCGGCUCGGACGGCGAUAUCGGAUACGUGAUCAUGUGUCAGAUUUUCAUUGCAUUCGCCGGUGGUAUGCUGGUGAUUGGAGAGCAGAUGGCCGUGAUGUGCGCCUCUGAUCGUGAAGGUAUUCCUAUGAUGAUCACCUUGAUUUCUCUGUUCGCAAGCUUGGGUGGGGCCGUUGGCUACGCCGUUUCUGCGGCUAUUUACGCCAACACUUUCCCUCAGGGGCUGCGGGAUGCCUUGCCUGCCAGCUCGAAAGAUCAAUGGGCUACCAUCUACGCUGGUGGCUAUCUAGCUCAGAUGAAGUACUUGCCGGGUACUGAAACCCGUGAGGCUAUCAACUUUGCUUAUGGCUACAGUCAAAAAUACGGCUGUAUUGCUGCUACGGCAGUGCUCGUGCUUGCUAUUCCCUGCAUCGCCAUGUGGAAGAACUACAAGGUUGACAAGGAGCAGAACAAGGGCACUGUACUGUAA